AUGUCGGACAUGUCGCAAGAAGAUGCCCUCAAGAUGAUCUCAACACCAUCCCCUACCGCGUCGAACUCGGCUGGCAGCAGUUCGGCUUCUCGCAGACCUCCUCGCAAGAGCACAUUAACUCAACAACAAAAGAACCAAAAGAGACAACGAGCCACUCAAGAUCAAUUGGUUACUUUGGAGAUGGAAUUCAACAAGAACCCGACACCCACAGCCACCGUCAGAGAGAGAAUCGCGGAGGACAUCAACAUGACUGAACGCUCUGUUCAAAUUUGGUUUCAAAACAGGUCAGUUCAUCUAAUCAAGUACACGUCACAUGGUCUAAUUAAGUUCCGCAGACGUGCAAAGAUAAAGCUCAUGGCAAAAAAGAGUAUCGAGACAGGAGAGAGUUGUGAAAUCCCAGAAGCUAUGCGCCAAUACCUUGCGAUUCAAGAAAUGGAAUCAGGAAAGUCAUUAGGAGGUAACUUCUUGGGCAGAGGUGGGCUCAUGCCUUAUGGUAGCGGUAAUAUGCUUAUGGGAGGAGAUCACGGUCCUCAAGGAAAAGUUGUCAUUCAUCACCUUUCGUGUCGAUCGCUUAGUAUUGGAUCGUGGAGACGAAUUGGUCAAAAUGCCAUGGAUUUAAUCAUUUUUUACUCACCGGAUAAAUCAACCAUGACUUACUACAUCAAUAACGACCAAGCUGGUUACAAGAUUGAAUACCCAUUUUCGUCAAUCAAAAAUAUCUACCUGGAAAAUGGAGAUAACGAAUCGCGACCUGGUGGAUUAGUUGUUGAGCUCAUUCGUGCGCCAAACUUCUUCAUGGACUCAUCAGGAUCUGGUGGAUUUUAUCAAUGUGGUGACUUUACAGAAGAUCAACAAGCAUCUCAAGUCAUGGUUCAUCAUCUCGGCGGUCAUCCCAAGGUUCUCAGUGGCCAAUUAGCCAAGCUCGUCUCCCUUGAGUCUUUCAUCGCACGCGAUAGUCCGUUCGCACACCAACCAUUGUCUGUCUCAGCACCUGUAUCUCCGACUGGUCUCCGCCCAUCGUCCCAACCAAACUUUAAUGCGCAAGCGCACGUCGGUAUGUUCCAAGAAUCUCAGUGGGGAAUUGGUGUUCAUCCUAGCGCGCGUGGACCUGGUCACAGAAGACAAAGAAGUCGAUCCGUUCCGAUGGCUGUUGAUUUUUCCAUGUUCAAUCAUCCAAUGCCGUCAUUCCUCAUUCAACACCCCGGUGAAUCUCAGCACCAACAGCAGCAUGGAAAUCCCAACAUUUUCGCUCCUAUUCCUCAGCAGCCAAACAACCUCGGACCUCUUGGCCCUAAUCUACGAAUUGAUACAUCGUCAGGUUAUGGAAUGGAUUUCAGACAGUACCCUAUGUCUGCAGCUACGACUACUUCCCCGUCUGAUUAUGCCAGCCCUGGUUUCUUUCCCCAUGCAAACGAAAAUGGGCCUAUGACAGGACCAAUGCCGACCUCUUCAUCGAUGCCAGCAUCAAACUUUACAUCAUACACGAUGCCUUACCUGUCGCCUGAUCCUUCCUCGCUUGUUCCCCCAUCCGUUUCCCCUCUAUCCUUUAUGAGUCACGGUGACCCAGCAAUUGUUGACCAAUCACCACCAAUGUCAAUGAUGCACCGAAGCGCUUCCGCCGAUGUUUAUAGUAUGCAUAAUGAUUCAGCUAUCUCUGAUGAUGGUACCGGACUCAAUGAGAUGUACCAAAAGCACUCUCUUAAUAUCCCUAUGCACCCUCAUUCCCCAGCUUUCGGUGAACAAUCUGCGGCUGAUAUUGAUAUGAGCAACCUUGUUCAAUUCCCGGUUGAUCACGACGGCCUUUCACCUGAGCAUAUGCCUCAGUAG